UGCCGCGGUCAAGGUCGAGGUCGAGGACGGGGCGGGUGCUUCAGGAGGGCCACGGCCUCUCCGCCGCAGGCCUAGAGAAGGAGCGGGAGCAGCUAUGACAUGGUGCAUUAUGGGCACUCCAACCAGCUGCGACAGGCUCGUGCAAUGGGAGAUUAUCUGAUUGUGGGAGUCCAUACAGAUGAGGAGAUCUCCAAACAUAAAGGUCCUCCUGUCUUCACUGAAGAGGAGAGAUACAAAAUGGUGAAGGCUAUCAAGUGGGUGGAUGAGAUUGUGCCAGGAGCUCCUUAUGUCACAACUCUGGAAACUCUGGACAAAUAUAACUGUGACUUCUGUGUACAUGGAGAUGAUAUCACACUUACAGCAGAUGGUAAAGACACCUAUGAAGAGGUGAAGAGUGCUGGAAGAUAUAGGGAAUGCAAACGUACUCAGGGAGUGUCCACUACAGAUCUGGUUGGACGAAUGCUGCUCAUGACCAAGGCCCACCACAGCAAUAUUGCUGAAGACAUGGAUUACAGGACUCAUGCUGAUAACCUUGGGAAGUGCCCUAGAGGUCAUAGCCCUUGGACUGGAGUUUCCCAGUUCCUGCAGACAUCCCAGAAGAUAAUCCAGUUUGCAUCUGGCAAGGAGCCACAACCAGGAGAUACCAUAAUCUACGUGGCUGGUGCAUUUGACCUCUUUCAUGUUGGUCAUGUGGAUUUCCUGGAUAAAGUGCACCAGAUGGCAAAACAACCUUAUAUCAUUGUCGGGCUGCACUUUGACCAGGAGGUCAAUCUGUACAAAGGUAAAAACUAUCCCAUAAUGAAUGUGCACGAACGAACUCUCAGCGUUCUGGCCUGCAGGUAUGUGUCUGAAGUGGUGAUCGGAGCUCCCUAUGCAGUUUCUGCAGACCUUUUGGAUCACUUUAAGGUGGACCUUGUGUGCCAUGGGAUGACUGAGGUGGUACCAGAUAAGGAUGGGUCGGACCCAUAUGAAGAACCCAAGAGGCGUGGCAUCUUCCACCCAGUGGACAGUGGUAACAUCCUCACCACAGAUCUGAUCGUGAAGAGAAUAAUCAAGAACAGAUUGGAGUUUGAAGCUCGAAACCAAAAGAAAGAAGCCAAGGAAUUGGCUGUGUUGGAGGCCAUGAAGAAAAAAGAGGAAGAAGCUGCCCAGUGGAAGGCAGGCCAGAGUGGCCAGGAAGACCCUAAGAGUUAGCAAGGAGAAGAGUGCAGCACAAUCCUCUCCUCCUAGAGGAGAAGGAUACCGCUGCCAACCUCACCAAGGCCUGUGGUCCUAAUUUUUCCUGGUUUCAGUUACACCAGCUAUGCGUGGGGAAGAGCCAGGAUGCUGCUAUCGAGCUGAUACAGGCCCACUUUUUAACAUUACCCUCCCAAUAACAGGUUUUAAUUCCAAUGAAUGUCUGCAAUUCUGUGUGAUUUUACUUUCAGGCAAUUUUUGGCCUAUUGGAACUAGGGAUUAAGGGUAAUCUCUGCUCGACUACUUCUGAAAUCUAUAAAUUUUGGAAUAUGCCUCUGAUUUCUGCCUGCCAAUGUUCUUAUAUUUAAUGCCGUCCUUUCUGGUCUGGCAGAUAGUCCACGGAGCACUGUUGGGAUCCGAAGGCACUCAGUUCUUACAGUAGCUGCUGAUGUUGGGUCAGAUGUCCGUGAGGCUUUCCCUUUUCUCCUGAGAAACGCUGCAGCCAGUCUAGCCACACAUUGCCUAUCUGGAAACAAAGGGUGUGUGUGUGUGUGUGUGAAGAAACAGUCCAUAACUACUUACACUGCCUUAUGCUGAAUAUGAUACAUUCAAAUCUUUAGAAGCUGUAACAUCAGAUAGAGCUUAGUGAGUCCCAGCCUUCGCCCAGUGGCGUUGUUUACCCUCCUUACUGCUCAAACCUGUUCUUUUCGGCCCCAUGGCUAAGCAAGAGAUUGGUGGGGCUACAAUGUUUAAUGUCCCCGAUAUAUUGUAAAUCUUUUGAAAUCUCAUCAUGGGCUGGAAUUAUUUCCUAAAGUCCCAGUACAUUGCUUCACAACAGGGUUUCAUCCACCUCCACACUGGCCCUGUGGUUCUUCGUGGGGGGACUGAGACAUCUGUGCCCUGAGCUGAGCAUUCUGACUAUUUUUAUAGUUUACGUUGGAUGCUUUGUGGUGAGGAUCAGGCACAGAUCACUUGUCUGAGGCUUCUUUCUCAUGCAUGAUGCAGAACACCACAGGACUAUACAUGAGAACAGGUUCUUUUCUGCCCUGGUGAGCCUUUUUCUAUCUUCCUUGUACAUUUUCAGCAGUGGACAUUAAUAAAAUGUUGAUGACCUC